AUACCCAUUUUGUGUCAGACAGUCAAGCUAACCUAUUUAAUAAUAAUAUACAAAAUUAGCUUGCAGUAUUUAUCAACCAUUUAAAAAUGUUACUAACAGUUUGGGAGACUUUUUUAAUGGUACGCAUUUACUAUAAUUUGUUAACUUUGCAUAUUCAUAAUAGGACGGUAUUCCCUAGUUAGCUGGUUAAGAUAAGGAGUAAUUGAUUUGUUCCUGCGAAGUCGGAAUGUAGCUUGUACCGGCCCCCGUAUCUCAAGCAACUGCAUCUCCGUGCUGUUGGGCUUGUGCUCACUCAUAGCCACGUGCUAAAGAAACUCUACUGUAUUAUUUAUUUCACGAGUACAUUUUUACUUUGAUGGCGUUUCUCUAUUUUUAUCGUAGAAGGUCGGAACUUCUUAGUUCCAUAGCCCACGUGAAAUAAUCACUAUCUGGCUAAGACAUAAAUAAGAUUCACCCGGUCUAUUAUAAAUUAAUACAUUCUGUCGUAGAAGGUGGCGAUUUCGUACGUCCAUGGCCCACGUGAUUUAAACUGAUCAUUGGUGCUCAUGGUACUUUUAAUAAAGUGAAAGAAAAGGAGGUUGUAUAAAAAAAUUUAUAUCCCAAACACGAAGCCUCCAAGUGUGCAAUGCAAAAUUAGUUCGUACAAAAAGUGUGUAAAAAUGUAUUGGACCUAUCGAAGUGUGUAUUUGGUGUGUUUUUGUGCGUUGGCAAGGACUCAGGUGAUCCCGGGAAAGUCCAGGACUAACGAUGGGGACUACAACACGGUUAACACCGAUGGAUCUUUUGAUUUCGGGUAUUCAAAUAAGGACAGAGGUUCGAGUUAUCACUUAGCACACGGUAACGCGAACGGCGUGGUUGGCGGUCGGUUCGGCGGCACAGAUCCUGCUACUGAUACCAUCAAGGAGACCAUCUACACCGCUGGACCUAGAGGGUUCCGAGCGAAAGGUCCCAACAUACACAGAAAGCUAGACUUAGACCAGCGACCUCGGGGUCCCAUCGGCACUAAGGACGACCCUUACGCGGAUCCUAACGAAGACCCCAGCUACGCGUUCAAUUUCGAUACUAGGACGUACUCUAAGAACGAAAAUGCUGACAGCAGAGGAGAUGUUAAAGGUCACUACUCCUUUGUGGAUGACGUUGGUGAACGUCAUGACGUCUCAUACAUCGCGGGAAGGGACACAGGCUUCCACGUGUCAUCGGCCCAUCCGGACAACCCUGGUGUGAUCGGAUCUCCAUUCCACAGGGCACCCCUAGUGCGAGGGGAAACCAAGUCAAGAGGUCGCACUGCUGUACAACGGGGACUUGAUGGGUCUUAUAGGUUUAUAUCGGCAGGCCCCGACCAGAGACGAACAGAAAGCAGCGAUUCUCAGGGAAACGUUCGAGGAUCAUACACCUUUUUAGAUGACAAAGGAGUUCAAAGAACGGUGAACUACAUAGCAGGACCCGGCAUUGGUUAUCGGAUAAUAAAGAACAACAAGGAUGUAAUCCCGCCGUACUUCCCCACCAUUCCGAGCGCGUACGACCCCACCUUUACCAACGCUGCAUCUGGCUCUUAUGGAUCGUCUGGUCCCGCGCCAGGGGAUACCAGCAAUGAUGAUGUGUUUAAAGGACCUGAAGGUACAGCAGCAUCAGGCCACGUGAAACCCCCUCCAUUCCAAGUAAGCGACAGCGAGAGACCAGAUUCCCCGCCUGGACCAAUCACGAGCUCUGAAACUGGUGACGUAAGCAACCUGGCCAAUGAGGCCGCGUACAAUCCGCCCCCCUUCAGCCCGCCGGGCGAAGACCUAGGCUACGUCGACGAAGACGCAAGUUUCGGAGGCAAGCCCACCAAAGGACCAGGCAAGCCGACGCGGCCGACCAAGCCGUAUAGACCACAGAAGCAACCUUAUGUCCCACUUAAGCCUUUCCAGACGACGCAAUUUACUGACGACGCCAGUUAUGAGACGCACACUGAUACUGAUGGUAAUCCGGACUUCGCUGUAGGGUUUAACAUACAGCGCAAUAAGCCUGGUGCUACCAUUAUCAGGAAUAUAGGAAAAGACUAUUUCGGGAUACCGCCCGGCAUAUCCGUUAGGGCACAUGUUCAAAGUAUAGAUUUAUAUCCGUUCGGCUCCAAGCCGCUAUCGCCGUCUGAGGCGUUAGAGAAAGAUAAAACAUAACACACUGAACACACGACUUUCUGAACAUACGAAUAAGACAGUAUUUUAGCGCAUCUGUAAAAAUGUAUUUAUAAUAAAUGUAUUACAAAGUG